UGGUCGCUGCCGUAUAUGAGUGACCACUCGUUGAAGAACAGCGUGGUGGUGGAGUGCGGUGGUGGUGGAGGACCUGGCUGGUGCAUCACUAAGAGCGUCACCACCAUGUACGGCAGCUACACCUCCGGCGGCGCCACCUCCACCCAGGUAUACGGCGCCCAGUACUCAGGAGGGCCCGCAGCGCUCCCCUCCCCUGCCGUUGAGCCGCUAGUAUUCAGUGUGCCGCCUCCCCCGACCUACCCGCCGCCCCACGACCCCUGCACCGCCUGCACGGCCUGCACCUCAUGUGGGCGGAACAGCACGGCCACACAUCACUAUCACCACCCUACGCCCACCAUCACGCCCGUCUCCGUAUCACCCACGAGCCAGUCCGAGGAGGAUCGCACCCUGGCGUUACAGCUACGAGCAGCGGCUAUCUUCAACAAGACGGACGUGAUGGUGCCUGGUGGAGCCCUCACGGUGCCGCCCCCUGCCCUCAACCUCCCACCCCCGCCCACAACUACCUUCCCUUACCCUCCACCCAUACACCCCGUCCAGCCCACCCUCCCUGCCUCCCACCUCUACGACACCAACAGCGCCCCCGCCCAUUACUGCACCUGCGACGCCUCCCCCACCAGUAACUGCUCGAGCUCGUCCUCGCCGCUCCCCUCGUGUCCCUUCCAUUCCCUGGCCCUCACCUCCUCCUCCUGCAACACCGCAGCAGCAUUCCUCCCCCUUUCUGGCAUGGUGACCCUCUCCAACACCGCCUCCACCACCACCACCAGCACCACCGCUUACCUACACUCUCCGUCUCCCUCAGGGAUGAAGCGGAUGUCGGAGAUGGAAGGAGAGACGCCACUGAAACGCCCUCGCCCCGCCGGUGACACAGAGCUUCGUCUUCUCAUCCAGAGCAAGGCGGCAGGCUCGGUGAUCGGCAAGGGAGGCCAGAACAUAUCCCGUUUACGCAGUGAGAAUCCAGCCAGUAUUACCGUGCCCGAUUGCCCAGGCCCCGAACGAGUGCUGACCAUCGGCGGGUCGGAGGAUGUGGUGCUGAAGGUCUUGAAUGAGGUCCUGGAAUGCCUUGAUGAGGCGCUGCAGAAGGGGACAGAGUCGGACGCCCGUAUCCUGGUCCACCAGAGCCAGGCAGGAUGCGUCAUCGGCAAGGCUGGCAGCAAGAUCAAGGAACUGCGUGAGGAAUGUGGUGGUCAGAUCAAAGUAUACACCAACUGCUGCCCCCAGUCAACGGACCGCGUCAUCCAGAUCACUGGCGACCGUGACCGCGCCGUCCUCACCAUCACCCGGAUAAUCGAACUCAUUAAAGAUAGUCCCAUCAAGGGUAUGAAUAACCCCUACAACCCACACAACUUUGAUGAGUUCUUUGCCAAUGAGUAUGGUGGUUGGGGUGAGUCACCAAAGGGCAGGUUCCCUGGUGGCCCCAUGGGACGCGGACCUCCCCACAUGGGCCCUGGUGGACCAAUGGGUCGAGGACCAAUGGGUCCACCAGGUGGACCACCAGGCGGACCACCUGGACCCCCUCCAUUUGGAAGGCGUGGACCUAUGGCCCCCACGAGUCCACCACCACCCAUGCGAGGCCCACCCAAUGGUGACUUUGAUGGGAUGAUGAAUAAAGGAGGUAAACCAUUUAUGAAUGGGAGUGACCCACACAAUGGAGAUCUACCCACAACCUCAACUCAGGUCAGUACUGUCAAGGAUGCAGCAGGUGCCAUUAUUGGGAAGGGUGGAGCAAGGAUCCGCAAGAUUCGGUCCGAUUCUGGAGCUUCCAUUUCUAUUGAGGACUCACGGCCAGGUGCCACCGACCGUGUCAUCACUAUCAAUGGAAGUGAACCUCAGAUCAAGCAUGCCCAGUAUUUGCUCCAGCAGAGUGUGCGCGAGUAUGGAGGACAGCACGACUACAGGCCAGACUUUGAUCAUGAUCAGACUAGCGUGCGCGAGUACGGAGGUCAAACGGGCCGCAGAUAUUGAGCACCAGCAACAAGUCCAGCCAUCAUCAGAUUCUCAAGUUGAUGAAGCAGACACAACACUACCACACAUGCAACAAGGCUAAAAUUGUAGACUUUAAGGACUAAUUUGGAAGAGAAGUUGUUACACAAGUGAUGUAGAAUGUAUAUUGUAGGAUUAAGGAGCCUCUCGUAAUAAUGAUGCUCAUGACGUAGAACUUUAGCUGAUUGCCGCUAAAGUGUUGGGCUUGUCGUCGUCGUACGCUGCCGAGCUGGACCGGAAGUUAAAUGUCAUCUGUUAUAGAAGUACUACAUCUCUUGUAAAUGCUAAUUAAUGUUUUUGAUGGGGAUUAUAAACAAUGCUCGGGAGUAUUCCUUGUAGCACAAAGGGAGUCUGCAUUGAUAGGGCAUACAUGUUUCAGUGAUGGCAUGGGUCAGCAAACCUGUUAAAGAGCACUGUUGGUGGAAUGACCUCACAGGUGACGACUAGGAUUCCAUCCAAUAUUUUGAAGUAACUGUUAAUCAAAAGCAUAACCUGUAUAGUUUUUUACUUCAAGCCAGAGUGUUUCAGUUGAUGAUCAUACCAGACUUGCAUACUUUGAUUUCCUUCUGCUUAAAAUCACCACCUAAUAUGAUAGUAGAUUCUCCACUUUAAACUUGCCAUUUGGAAAGAAAUGAUAUCUAUGGAAGGGGAAAUUCGUCAAUAUUUAGACUUCGUCUUGGAAGCCUAACGUCCACUAAUUAACUAUGAAUAUUCAGGUAUUUGACUAAAUAAACUAGCUCCAAAGUAAUCACUGAUGUAUUUUUGUACAAUUUUAUUGUCAUAAUAUUUGUUUCAUGUUAUUCUACAUAUGGAUUACUAAUAAAUGUUGUCAUCUCACCCCCAAGUACUACUUCUACUAUAAUAAUUUCUUAGAUCCUUCUAUUGCUCCUCUUAAGAUGUCCCACUUAAUGUAGGACAAACCAUCUACCUUAACUAUAAAGAACUAUCCACAAGAUUUAGCCUCCUAGAUCAGCUUUUCCAGUUUCAACAGCCUCUAGCAGUCCAAUCUCUCUCUCACACACUCUCUUUCUCUCUCUGUCAAAAAGCUUCUUUCUAUGAGGGUUGUAGUCAUAUUUCCUGCCUUAACUCCUGUGCUAAGACCCUGACUGUUUCGGUGUUGUACUCUUUCACGUAGAGGCUAUUCUGCCCUUUGCUUAGCUCUGUUUUUCUCUGUGGGACGUACUUGAGAUGUUUACUUAGCCGAGUUUGGUUUGAGGAAGGUCCCUAACAUGAUUUUUUUUCCUUUGUAUUAGCCAUGUAGUAGAGAUUGUAUUUUAUCCUUUGUCAUGUAAACCACUUGUCAUGUAGAGAAAAUUUAGGAAUAUUUUAAGAGGAGAGGUUGUAUGCACUGGUCCUAGGAUGUAUUUAGUGAAAGGCAUUGCUGAGAUCAAUCACAGUUAAGUUAACAUCUAAGUUACUUCCCUGUAUGUUUGUAUGUCUGUACCUGAUAAUUGAAGCCAUUGUCCGUGUACAAAGGUAUCGUUGUCACCACUAAAAGAAAGACAAAGGACACUCGCCAGAACUUUCUGUAACCCGAAGAGCCCCCCCCCCCCACACACACAUCUGGGAUUAACAGUGCCCUUUUCCCACACUUUUCACGUCUUGUUUACCUUCUUGACAUUGUACUUUGUCAAGAAAAAGAAAUGCUCCUAAUGAAUAGAAAUUGAUUGCCAAAAUCUGCUUGGAAAUAGUUUGUAUUUGUGUUCUGCUUUGGUUUGAAUCAACUUAGGUUUACAAACCUAUGAUAAACGUUCAUAAAGUGUGAUUUGGCUACUUGUGUUUUGAGAAAGAGUUUAUUGCAGUCAUCCCUGCUUUUGUAGGUCAAGUAGACAUUCCAUGCAGCCCAGUUUUGUUAUAAAUGGCCAUUAUUUUUCUUAUUGAAUCUGCCAAAGCCUGCCACUCAAUGCAAGAGAGAUGUUGGGUAACAUAUGGUGGGUCUUUUGUUUGUGAGGCCCAAACAGGAUUUUUUGUUAAAAGUUUUAUACAGUACUAUGAUUUGUAAUAAUGAAUUAUUUUCUUAUUCCCGCCAUGUAGUACCUCUUGGCAGUGCUCCAGUGGGAAUUAAUUGGGUUUCACUUUCAUUUUGUGCAGUUUGGAGCAAGCUUUUCCCUAUAACGUAAGAAAGAGCCUUAACUCAACUCUUAUAGGAACUAGGUACUCAGUCCCCAUUGCCUGCAUACAUUAGUAUUUGAAGUUAUUACCUCGUAUAGAGUUUAUGUCCAGUGGUAUCUAGAACUUCUAACAAGAAACACUAUUUGCUCCUCAGGGGAUCACAUUUAACUAUGCAUCAACUGGCCCAAGAGGAAAUAACUCAUGUGGAAGGCCAUUUAUAUGCACUAGACCACUACAAACAUGAGUUGUCACCUUCCUAGUGAACUUUGAUGACAUCUAUACACACAUAGUUCUUCCGUUGUAGUGAAACUUUUAUGCAAAGACAAGAAGUCUUUUCAUUACUUUUGAUUUCACAUGUCCAGAAAAUGGCUAUGAUGGUAUGGAACAUUAAAUCUGGUAGUCUAAGAUGUGCCUACGGUCCCCUGAAUAGCAAGUAUUGUCCUGCAAUUUGACUGGAUGUUCACAUAUAAGAGAUUUGAUUUAUACAUAAGGACCAGACACUGUUACUUGUGUCCAUAGUUUAAAACUCUUGAAGCCAUCCAUUUUGUAAUGUGAUUAAUGUAUUUUGCAUUCAUAUAAAGGAAUAAAUACCAGAAGAAAUUAA